UCCUGCAGGGCUCGUUCGUGGGCAGAAGACACGGUGCUUGUACACAUCAUUUGCCGUUUCUCACACUCAACAAACAGAUCAUCUGCAAGACAGCUGCUGCAUGCGCAGUGGACGGCCGCCUUAUCCGCUGACUCCUGAACUUUGCAAAAUUAGAAUAUUUUAGCACAUUGACCAAUCGAAUCCCGACACCUGCACGUAGACAGCGAGCUCUGCAGAGGAUCCCCGCGGCUGCUAAGGGAUUCGAUUCAAGCUUAACGUCCGUUGGCAGAAAGGGACUUUUCUCUAAACUCCCCCAGGGCACGGCUGUGCUAAUACCAGACUCACCGGAGCGGUUUCACUUCAUCAGACGUUGUUGCCACAGAUCAGCAGGAUCCCGUCAUGACGGACACGGUGUUUGGGAACAGUUCGGACCGCUGGGUCUGUCCCAACGACAGGCAGCUCACCCUCCGAGCCAAUGAAAAGGAACAGAUCGGAACGGGAUGGUCAGUCCACUCCAGCCAGACCGAGAGGCAGAGGAAGAAUGAGGAGCUGACUGAUGAGGAGAAGGCGAUCAUCAACAGCGUGAUCGCCAGGGCUGAGAAGAUGGAAGCCAUGGAGCAAGAGCGCAUUGGGCGGCUGGUGGAUCGUUUGGAUUACAUGAAGAAGAACGCGUUGGGGGAUGGGGUCUCGCGCUGCGUUCUAUGCGGGGAGCAGCUUGGCAUGCUGGGGGCUGCCGCUGUCGUCUGCGAGGACUGUAAGAAGCACGCCUGUACAAAGUGUGGAAUUCAGUGCAGCAGUCGACCCGGCUCCAUAUGGCUGUGCAAGAUCUGUAGUGAGCAAAGGGAGGUGUGGAAGCGCUCUGGGGCCUGGUUCUUCAAGGGCUUGCCCAAGCAGGUCCUGCCCUCCCCGAUGCCGAUCGGUGAGGAGAAAGAGCCGAAGAAAGCCGGCUCCACUGAGCCCCCUGUUCAGGAACAAAGAGCCAGCAGCUAUCCGCGGGCACAGGUCCGAGGCCCAGCAGAGGCUCCCCCUCAGCUCACAGAGCAGCAUCCCCAAGGUGAGCCAGAGGAGAGGAGAGCUGGGGGCAGGAGAUCAGUGAAAUCUCGUGAUGCCAGCCACCACGAAACUGAUCGAGGGGGAUACAGCUCGGAGGAGGACGGGGCUGUCGGUGCCUAUCGAGGUGCCAGGAAAGGAAUGAGACCACAGAGGUCCGAGGCCGGCACAGAGAGCACUGGCAGAGGAGGCUACCCCCCGGUGGCCCGGAAGCCUCAGGAGCUGCGCUCCGCCCCCAGCGGGAGCGAGUACGGCACGGGGGAUCCCGAAGGCCGAGACUCCUACCACAACAAAGCCGAAAGUGAGGUCAAUAGGAGCCCUGUAGCUGUAAAGCGAGCCAACUCUGUCCAGGCCUCCAGACCAGCUGCAGCCCCCUCUGCAAUGGCUCAGCCAGGUGGCAGAGUAGCUCAGAACCCGCCUUCUCGAUACGCUGAACAGAAGCAAGGAGGUCAGCCCAUGGCUCCGGGACAGAUGGACAGUGGCUAUUUGAUCACGCCACAGCGGGACGAGAGAGCUGCCGCCCCGGUCAAGGAGGAGAGGAGGCAGUCGGCCCCCUACACCCCUGUCUCAGCCCCCCUAGCACAAGCCCCCCCAGCCCGGCACCAGCCCCCUCCUCCUCCCCCUGAGGAGGAUGAAGAAGAGGCCAACAGCUACGACUCGGACGAAACCACAACUCUGGGUGCGCUGGAAUUCAGCCUGCUGUAUGAACAGGAGAGCAGUUCAUUGUACUGCACCAUCAUAAAAGCCAAGGGAUUAAAGCCCAUGGACUCCAAUGGGCUGGCAGACCCCUAUGUCAAACUGCACCUGUUGCCCGGAGCCAGUAAGUCAAACAAGCUGCGCACCAAGACUCUGAGAAACACUCGCAAUCCCACCUGGAAUGAGACUCUGGUUUACCAUGGGAUCACAGACGAGGACAUGCAGAGAAAAACACUGAGAAUCUCUGUGUGUGACGAGGAUAAAUUUGGACACAAUGAGUUUAUUGGAGAGACCAGGAUGCCCCUGAAGAAGCUGAAGUUGAACCAGAAGAAGAACUUCAACAUCUGUCUGGAGAGAGUCAUCCCUAUGAAACGUGGAGGAACAGUCGGCUCUUCACGUGGCAUUGCUCUCUAUGAGGAAGAGGCAGAUCACAGUGGAGAGGUGGAGGAGCGGGGAAGGAUCCUGGUCUCUCUCAUGUACAGCACCCAGCUGGGGAGGCUGAUUGUGGGCAUCGUCCGCUGUGUGCAUCUGGCAGCCAUGGACGCCAACGGCUACUCGGACCCCUUCGUCAAAAUCUGGCUAAAGCCAGACAUGGGGAAGAAGGCUAAAAACAAGACCCAGAUUAAGAAGAAGACUUUGAAUCCUGAGUUCAAUGAGGAGUUUUUCUAUGACAUCAAACACAGUGACCUGGCUAAGAAGUCUCUCGAUAUCUCAGUGUGGGAUUAUGAUAUUGGCAAAUCCAAUGAUUAUAUAGGAGGAUGCCAGCUGGGCAUCACAGCCAAGGGGGAGUACCUGAAGCACUGGUAUGAGUGUCUGAAGAACAAGGAUAAGAAGAUUGAGCGCUGGCACACCCUUGUGAACGCGAACCACGUCUCUAGCGACUAGAGGCCCUGCAUGAGCAAUGCCACCUCUUUCUCUCGCCGUCUUUACCGACCCUGUGCUCCGUUUUCUACAGCAGUCUUGUCUUCCAGAGCACCUGCUCCCCUGGGAACGCUUCUGUCCGCUCAAGUCCUUCCCUCCCAUGUAGGCUUCCUCUCUGCUACGAAGGGGUUUGCUUUCUUCUGUUCCAAAUCGACUGGUCAUUCUAUUUAUGUAAAUAUAUAUGUUUGUAUUUCACUGCAGCAACAACAGUAUGGAAGUAGCUGGAGUAAAAGGUAGCUGUAAUGGAAUAGCUGGAAAAUGUAAACGGUAUUUAAAUGGAGCACUGUUUUUAGCAAAUUGGGUUUACUUUAAAACAUUUGUCUAGUAUGCAGUUUCUUUAGUUUUGCUCUGCUAUGAUUAUAGACGGACUGCUAGAUAUUUUUACUUUUCAGUGCUUUGUAAACAGGGAAAUCUUUUUUUUUUCUUUUCUUGGUGCACCCAGUAUAAAAACAAAAGUAACUUUUUCUUCUGAUGCAAUAUUUCUAUGUUACUUAUGUGCUGUACGGAUACAGUUUGCUUUCCUAGCAGUGCUCGAGAACAGAUUUGAAAGAUACACUUUGACAGGAGUGACUGGUUUAGGAGGGAGGUGGAGUUUCUCAAUGUUCCAUCUCAUGUAAUAUUACUUCCAUUUUAUGAUUUUGAUCAUAGUGUUUCUGCAAAAGCAUCAAGCGGCUAGAUUACUGUCUUAGAUUUCAGCCUGACCUCUAAAGGAGAGAACAAUCCUCUCUCUAUGUUUACAUGGACAAGGAAUCAUUCCUCUUUUAAAUGAUUGUUUUGAAUCCGAGAUCUAUUGGGUUUGGAAGCAUCAGAGCUUCUGAACCGAUGCAGUUAAAUCUGCUUAAAACCCCCAAUCAGAUUCCAGCUCCAAACUGCUUGACAUGCAGAAUAUAUAGAGGAUUUGGGAAAUUCCUUGAACAGGUAGUUUGAAUCUGAUUAGAUUGUGCAUAUACUUGAGCUUCAUGUCUGGGUCAUCUUCCCAUCAGGCCCUUUUGAAAUCUGUUCAGGAUCUCUGUUGAAACUUAGAAACAGUGGUGCAAAACAUUGUUAGUUGCCAAAUGUAAAAUUUAGCUUAGAAGUGUAUAAGUAUUGAAGUGUCAGUCUAAUCGCUGGAAAUUAUAUGAUACUGAGAAAAAACUAAACAAAAUAAUUGUUUACAUUCAGAUUGCAAAUAUUUUCACCUCAAGAUUUCCCCUGCUGCUACAUAAGGGUACCAUAUUCUGUGGAUCUGUUUGAUUAUCUCCCUGUAAUUAUACCCGGCAUGUAACGUCCCGUUCAGAAACACUGGCAUGGAUGUAUAGGCCUACAGUCCCAUGCAGAGGGAGUGCAUAUUCGUAUUGGCACUGUCCUACAUCCUACUCACAAUAUUUAAUAUUAUUUAUAAUGGAUAGAUUUUCUUUCUGUUUUUUUUUUUCUCCUGUAAAUUGCCAAUUUGUAGAUAAUCCUUAGCUCUUGUUGGUUGUGCCUGAAAUUUUCAGAUGCCCUCAUGUAGGUCCCCCCUGUUACCCACUCUGCCAACUCCACUAAAAAGCUACUCUUUUUGGGUACUUUAUCCUAUUUUUUCAACCAUUUCUACUAUUGUAACUGUAAUGAUCAGUGACCCCCCCCCCCCCCUUUCAGUGAGAUGAGGUUAAAAACGCUAAAAUCUCAGAUGCAAACAGGCCCGUCUCUUUUGCACUGUGGUUAAGACACUCACUUGCCCCCCACCACCCCCUACAUACAAUGAGCACCUCUGAGCCUUUCCACUCCAAGAGGUCUAUCCAUUGUAGAACUCACACUGCAAGAACAUAUUCCUCAUUGAUCACUAGAUGCCUGAGAGACAGUUCUAAAGUCCACAGAUUACUGGGCCUUUAUAUACAAGGUGCUGUUGUAUACUUGCCUACAAACAAGUUUAUAUGACUGCCUUUGCAAAGGUUACCAGUCUAAGAGAGAGCCUGCUGUAGACACAGGCACUGAGAAUGCUUUACUGUCUGGCUGGGGCUUCCUUAGUGCUGCUGGAUCUGUCAACAAGCAGGUUAUACAUUAUUGACCAUGUGGCAUACACUGAACUGUAAGCCUGAUCUGGCAUUCUGGUCUUUUGGCAUUCAGAAUUAUGAAAGUUAAUUUUGCUCUCUGUUAUCACGUCAAUGGAAUGGGGAGAAGGGCAAUGCCAAUUCGUGCUCCUAAACCACAUUCAAACGAGCCAGUCUUGGAUAGGCAGUAUGCUCCUGAUUGUGCAUGAAAUCUGAAUGUCUGACAGUAGUAUUCAUCAUGCUUUGUGCACAGAGUAUUCAUGUCUUAGACACAGAGUUGCCUGCAUUUAAGUAGAGCUGAGCUUUUCUUGAGGUUUGGGAUACAAUAACCUGCAAAAUCAAGGAAAGCACACAUUGUACAGUGGAAUGACCUCAGUCCUUAUAUGGCAGUCCGCAAGUUUCAUUAAAAAAAACCCUAUGCAUGAAA